GUGAUGCACAGUUGCAUCUUGGGACGAAGAAGGUGUCGUUGCAGUGUUGUGAUAAGUCCUUGGACGUGAGAUGAAUUUUCUUGCGCACGAUUUUUUCCAAUUGCCUUUUUGAAAAACGUUCAGUUGCUAGUAACAUUUUCACAAAACUACACCGAUUCUAGUGGUCGAGUGUGUGCAGCAAAGAGAAAUGGGAGCCGAUAAAAGGAUUAGUCGAACAGAACGUAGUGGUAGGUAUGGCUCUGAGCACCCCCGUGAUGAAUCAGAAUGGCGUGAGAGACGAGAGAGGGAUCAGGAGCGCGAUCACAACAUGCGCCGCUGGGGUGAAGAGAGACGUAGUGAUCGCUUUGAAGGAGAUCGACGAGGAUCAAGAGACAGUCCAGAGCAAAGAGAAAGGAAACGUCGUAACAGUGACAGAUCAGAAGAUGGUUAUCACUCUGAUGGCGACUACCCAGAGCAAGACUACAGAAGGGAAGCUGGAGAAGAGAAGAAGAGCAAGACCAUCAUGCUCUGGGGACUGUCUCCUCAUGUAACUGAGGAUGAUAUUUGUUUUGCCAUUGACCAACUGGAGGGGCCUCAGCCGGUAGAUGUCAGGCUGAUGAAAAAGAAAACAGGUAUAAGCCGUGGUUUCGCCUUCGUGGACUUUUAUCACUUGCAAGAUGCUACCCGAUGGAUGGAGACCAAUCAGAAACGUCUGACCAUCCAAGGCAAAACGGUGGACAUGCACUACAGUCACCCCAGAAACAAGUAUGAAGACUGGCUCUGCAACACAUGUGGCCUGUACAAUUUCCGGAGGAGGCUGAAGUGCUUCAGGUGUGGAGCAGCCAAAGCUGAAAGUGAAACUAGCAAUAAUCCUGGAUCUUCUGAAACUCAACCCACUGCAGAUUUCUACGGCGACACAAUCAUCCUAAGAAAUAUUGCUCCUCUGACCACUGUUGAAGCCAUCAUGACAGCUCUGUCACCGUAUGCUAAUCUUUCAUCCAACAACAUUCGCCUCAUCAAGGACAAGCAGACCGGCCAGAACAGAGGCUUUGCCUUUGUUCAGCUCUCGUCUCCUCUGGAGGCCUCCCAGCUGUUAACCAUCCUACAGGGACUUCAGCCACCUCUUAAACUUGAUGGAAAAACCAUUGGGGUGGAUUAUGCUAAGAGCGCUAGAAAGGAUCUUUUACUACCUGACGGCAAUCGUGUCAGCGCCUUUUCUGUAGCUAGCACAGCCAUUGCUGCUGCCCAGUGGUCCUCAAGUCAGCCGCAGCAGAGCUCAGAGGGAAUGUCAGAGUACAGCUACCUGCAAGAGGGUUACACACCUUUGCCUCAGGACUACCAGAAUUACUACCAGCCAGGAGUACCAGCCGGCAGCUCUCAGGGAAACGGGAUUCUAGGAGCUGCCCCCGGUGUAAAGAUAGUUCCAGCUGGAGUAGUCAUCUCACAGAGUGCCCAAGUCUACCAACCCCAUUUAAUCGUGCAGCCUGCUGUUCAGGGUUUGCCGCUUACCCAGCAUUUGGAUGCGAAACACCACAUGGGACAUCUGUCAGGCCUUGAAGCUGCAUCGAUGCCUGUUGCCACCAUAGCUGCUGCCACAGUUACUGCUGCUGGUGCACUAACAGCCUCACAACAGACAGCUGACACCAGCACUGUUCCUGAUACAUCCACCUAUCAAUAUGAUGAGUCCUCUGGUUACUAUUACGAUCCUCAGACCGGCCUUUACUACGACCCCAACACUCAUUAUUACUACAACUCUCAGACUCAGCAGUAUCUGUACUGGGACGGGGAGAAGCAGACUUACGUACCUGCCUCAGCUGACGCAACCGCUGGACUAAAUGAGAAUGCAGCAGCAGGUAGCAAAGAAGCGAAAGAAGGCAAAGAUAAAAAGGAAAAGCCCAAAAGCAAGACUGCUCAGCAGAUUGCUAAAGACAUGGAGCGGUGGGCUAAAACUCUGAACAAGCAGAAAGAGAACUUCAAGGGAAGCUUUCAGCCUAUUAGUCAAGAAGAAAGGAAAGAGGCAGCUGCUGCUGAUGCUGGUUUCAUACUGUUUGAAAAGAAGCAGACAGGAGGCUUUGACAGACUCAUGCCCGAGGUGCUGAGGGGCCCUGAAGAGGAGCCAACAACCAGCUCAGCCAACUCCUCAAAGCUUGGCCUUGUGGCAGCCUACAGUGGAGACAGUGACCCUGAGGAGGGCGGAGCAUCAGAGGUUGAUGGGGUUGAAGGCCAGGACAAGAUGACAGACUGGUCAAAGUUAGCCUGCCUGCUCUGUAGGAGACAGUUUCCCAACAAAGAGGGUCUAAUUCGACAUCAGCAGCUCUCUGACCUCCACAAGAAAAACCUGGAGGUUCUUCGCCGAUCCAAAAUGACUGAAGCAGAGCUGGAAGAGUUGGAGAGAAAAGAGACUGAGUUGAAAUAUCGAGACAGGGCAGCUGAGAGGAGAGAAAAGUAUGGCAUUCCUGAACCCCCUGCACCCAAAAAGAAGAAAUUUAACCAACCAGCACCUGUCAUUAACUAUGAACAGCCCACCAAGGACGGCCUUAACAGUGACAAUAUUGGGAACAAGAUGCUGCAGGCCAUGGGCUGGAAGGAGGGUAAAGGUCUUGGUCGUAACCAGCAGGGCAUCACUACACCAAUUGAGGCUCAGUUGAGAACAAAGGGAGCUGGACUUGGCACAAAAGGCACCAACUACACCCUCUCUUCUUCAGACACAUACAAGGACGCCGUCCGCAAAGCCAUGUUCGCUCGCUUCACUGAAUUGGAAUGAGUCUUGAUAUUUUUUUCUAGUUUGACCAACAGAUGAUUUUCAUUAUUUGAGGUUUAGGUCUUCCACGUCUGCAUCAACAAGGACAAGUGAGUUAUCAUGGAAGCAAGAGAAGGUUGUCUUAAGCGAUUCCACUUUUUGUAUAAUACAAAAUACCAGACAAUAGUUUGAAAAAAAAAAAAUGGUAAUGGAGGUGUGUUCAGAUGAACAAUAUAAUUUAUAAAUUGUACAUAGGCACAGUAAAUUUACUUCUAUACAUUUUUGUUCUAUGUAAUGACUUUUUUUGUCUCGGCAUGUUAAAAAGAUUGUACAGUUUAUACAAAAAUCUCCUCUGUUUGUACAGAAAAUAAAUGACAGAAGUGA